AUGUUCCGAUAUCUCUCCGAACCGUCUUACUACGGUUACCUUGGACCUAAUGUAACCAAGGACGCCACAGAACCGUCUCACUACAAUUACCUGGGACCUACUGUAACCAAGGACCCGACAGACCCGUCUUACUACGGUUACCUUGGACCUAAUGUAACCAAGGACGCCACAGAACCGUCUCACUACAAUUACCUGGGACCUAAUGUAACCAAGGACGCCACAGAACCGUCUCACUACAGUUACCUGGGACCUAAUGUAACCCAGGACGCCACAGAACCAUCUCACUACAGUUACCUGGGACCUACUGUAACCAAGGAUCCCACAGAACCAUCUUACUACAGUUACCUGGGACCUACUGUAACCAAGGACCCGACAGACCCGUCUCACUACAGUUACCUGGGACCUACUGUAACCCAGGAUCCCACAGAACCGUCUCACUACAGUUACCUGGGACCUAAUGUAACCAAGGACGCCACAGAACCAUCUCACUACAGUUACCUGGGACCUACUGUAACCAAGGAUCCAACAGAACCAUCUUACUACAGUUACCUGGGACCUACUGAUCCCACAGAACCGUCUCACUACUGUUACCUGGGACCUAAUGUAACCAAGGACGCCACGGAACCAUCUCACUACAGUUACCUGGGACCUCCUGUAACCAAGGAUCCAACAGAACCGUCUCACUACAGUUACCUGGGACCUAAUGUAACCAAGGACGCCACAGAACCAUCUCACUACAGUUACCUGGGACCUACUGUAACCAAGGAUACCACAGGACCAUCUUACUACAGUUACCUGGGACCUAUUGUUACCUAG